UCAUAAUAGGAAAAAGGAAUCCGUUCCAUUAACGAACGGAUGAUUGAAUGGAAUCUUGGACCGGCGGUUUAUAGCAGGCACGGCGAUCGGUUCCCAAUCCUUCUGAACUUUCGCCUCCAAAGUCCACCGCUUCAGUUCAGAUAAUAGAUAUACUUCUGAAACUCAUGCCAUUGCCAGCAGAUCUCCCUGGCUAUUACUAUGAUGCCCAGAAGAACAGGUACUUCCCGCUCAAAGGUCCCAUACCUGGUUCUUCUCAUGCUUCUUCCUCCUCCUCUUCAGCCCCUCAUCAUAAACCAGUUUCUGACUCCACUCCGACUGUCAAUUCAUAUUUGAAGGCCGACUUAAGAACUGUCAAGCUGAUUCAGGCCAGGGAGUUAUAUGGUGAUGUUAUUGCUUCCAGUAAAGCCAGGUGUAACUUCAAGGAAAAAUUCCAAAAUUUCUUGGCAUCUAAACCAGUGUUUUGGAAAUUUCGAGGAACGGAUACAAUGGGGGAUAGUGCUUUGCAAGAAAUGCCCAUUAAUGUGGACACCCUGGAGGGUCAAAGGGAAUCUUCUGUUCUUUUGACAGGCAACAUAAGUGGCUCCUUGAGUUUUUUUGGAGUUGGAGGGGGUGAUCAACAUAUUGGGCAUCCAGUAAACUGUUGUCCAGAACUUGUUUGGCCAUCAGCCGGAGAGAACCAAAUGUUUGGAGAAGUUCCUGGAGAUAUUUGGCAACUCUCUGGUGCUUCAUUGCAAAUGUCAUCGAACAUAUCUUGUAUAAAGUUGUUUAAGAAGUGUUCUCCUUUGGCGCACGAUGAUGUUUCGGACAUUCAACAUGCACUAAUAAGUACAUUGGGAUCUGACAUAUCUGGUGGAUCAGUUUAUAUUCUUAAUCUCAUUGAACCAUUGGAUUUUAAUCGAACUAUUCCUGUCAUUAGACGAAGGAUACAUGAGGUUGCUUCUUUUAAUUGUUCCAUCUGGACGGCUGAUUGUCAAUCUAGUGGAGGCAGAGCUGUGAUUGGGACAAACAUGGGAGCUGCUUCAGUUGAUAUGGGAACUGGCAGGAUAUCAUGGAUCUUACAUGGUAAAAGUGACAUUUUUGCGCUACAACUCAUUCAUUCGGAAAAUGUUGUUCUGUGUGGACUUAGAAAUGGCAUGAUUGUGACAAUUGAUACUCGUGAAAGACAGGAAGUAGCUAAGAGACUUUUAAGGCAUCGAAUUCCUUACUUACCCAUUGAUAGAAGAAACUCCAGAACGUCCUCUCAGCAAUGGUAUAAGCUCACUGGUAACAUUUUUCCUUCAUGUACGGUUAAAAUGCCCUCAUCUAUAUCAAGCUUGGUGUCACUUCAGUUUGAUGACCGAUACUUUUUGGCAAGCUCCAUGGAUGGAUCGGUUAAACUCUAUGAUCAUCGCCUUAUCCAGAGAGGUGCUGUACAAACUUACGAUGGACAUGCAAAUUCACAUACUCAUGUACAGCUUGGAGUUGAUCCCACCGAGACGUUUGUCACAUCUGGUGGAGAAGACUGCAAAUUUCGUCUAUGGAAUAUCAAGUCUGGAAAACUGAUCUUUGAGGAUAAGUUUGGUGAUGCUGUUCCCUCAACCAUAUGCUGGCGAAGGGCUGGAAGAUUUCCAGGAGGGCAGAAUGGAUACCUGGGCUGCGAAGCUAAUUGUUCGGGAGCAUGGCUUGGGUCACAAUGCGGAAUUCAUUAUGUGAACUGGCCGAGGACAUAAGUGAACAAGAACUUGCACGAGGAUAUCUGGCCAGCUUUCCCAAUUUGUCAUACUCUAACCUUCAAAGAAGUUCUGCUUUUACGUAGAUAGUUAUGAUUCAGUUAUGAAUCAGGAAGUUCAUCCGGCAGGCUUUUAAAAAAAAUAUUAUUUAUAUAUAAAUCAUAUUGUUAGGUCAUCAGCGAUUAUUUUAAAUUAUUUUUUUGCUUUGUAUUUUGUAGUAUUCAAUGCACCACACAUUUGUUGAUGUAAAAUAGUACUCCUAGAUUCAAGAAUCCCUAUUCAGUCGGUCAGGUAGAAUUCGUAUUUGUAUAUUAAUUUAUUUUUAUGUUUAGCUUGUUUCCGUUAA